AUGACAAAUAAACCCGUACCUGUGAUCCAUACAACAAUCCCUUUCCGCUUCUCUCUCUUACUCUUCACAUUCACAUUCACCUUCUCCCAUUUCACCCUAUCUGCCACCACCGUCACCACCGCACCCGACGCUUCCGGCAACAUCGACUUCAUCCGAGCAAGCUGCAACACCACGCUAUACCAGGACCUCUGCCUCUCACGCUUCGCCGUCGCAGUGCACCGCAACCACGCUAACCUCGCCCGCGUGGCCGUCGCCGUCUCCCUCUCCAAGGCCCACGGCGCGGCCGCCUACCGCACCAGCCAGUCAGCCACGGAGCCACCGCAUCAGCCACGAGUAGUUUUGGACUGUAGUGUGGAGCUGUUCAGGCAGAUCCUUGCAGCUUCAAUUGGGGUUUUGCUUUUCGAAUAG